GGGUCUCGCGAGAUCGGCGGCUCUCGCGGUGCCUCCCCUCAGCGGGGACUGCGCUGAGGCACUGAGGCGCCGCGCUCUUCUUUUCAAACGCUGUGGUGGUUCUUGCCGGAGGAGACCAAAACCCUUCGUUUUUGGCCAUGAUCGACCCCUUGGAGAACAACCUGUUCGAUCUCCCCGACUACGAGAACACAGAAGACGAAAGGUUCCCGCCCCUCCCGCCCCCUGCCUCCCCGGGGGCGGCCGGGGCUGACUGGGCUGAGGCUGGUGGAGAACCAGAUGGAAACCAGCAGUCGCAGACGAAGGAUUCUUCUGUAGCUCCACGGAAAGCAGUUAAAAGAUCAAUACCUAAAUUAGAUGCUCAAAGGUUAGUUUCAGAAAGAGGACUUCCUGCCUUAAGACACAUGUUUGACAACGUAAAGUUCAAGGGUAAGGGGCAUGAGGCAGAGGACUUGAAGACGCUUAUACGACAUAUGGAACAUUGGGCUCAUAGAUUAUUUCCAAAACUGCAAUUUGAUGAUUUUAUUGACAAAGUGGAGUCUCUGGGAAGCAAAAAGGAAGUUCAGACAUGCCUAAAACGGAUUAGACUUGAUCUUCCUAUUUUAUCUGAAGACUUCACAGGUAAUGAAGAUGGUGGAGGUGAAAGCAAUGGACUGGAUACAGCCAAUGAGGAAGCGUAUCCAUGCUCUGGGAACGUAGAAUUGGAUACUCUGCCUAGUACAACUCUGACAGAAGAGCAACAACAGCGGAUCAAGAGGAACAGGCAGCUGGCCUUGGAACGUAGGCAAGCAAAGAUGCAGUGCAACAGCCAGUCGCAACACAACGAGCUCUCUCCUAGUUACCCAGAAGAGGAAGAGUUUAAUACCCCAAUUGCUCAGGGCCUGGCUGAUGUCACAGAAGAUCUUCAAGUUGCUGUUACAGGAAGCAGAGGACAGAGAUACAGAACUGGACAGUGCCAGUGAAAAGCAGAGACCUUUUCCCAGCCCUUGAGCGACUUUCUUAGAACUGGUGGGGUGCUUCGGUUAAGUACUACCCUUUUUAUUGAAAAGCUGCUGGCUCUUCACACUCCGACUCCAGAAGUGCAGGGAAGCCCUAACUGUGAUGCCUGUGUGGCUGGGCAGAACUGAUUUCUUCACACUGCCAAUGAAUUGCUCCAUAUGCUGGCAAACAGGGCACCAUCCUUCAUCUGCAUGUGGGACUUCUGUUAUUGUUCACUGAUGUUAUUUAGGAAGUGUUAAUGAGUUUUCUGGCCUACUCUGUCCUGUUCUUACAGUUGAUAUCCAACUGAAUGAACAGGGAUGUUGAGAGGUUAAGUUUGUAUUCAGGUUUUUAAUGGAAGAUCUAUAACAGGAGUGUUAAGUCUGGACAGGCACCCUGGAUUUUUUUUUUAACUCCCUUAUCAAGUACCUCUAUCUUGUUCUUACACAACAGAAGCGAUUAAAUUUGAAAGUCAAACCUGAAAUUCUUGUUAUGAGGCUGUUACACUACGGGCACUGAAAACUUCCCCCUCCCUGGUGCAAGUCAAACAUCCUUAGACAAGUACAUCUUAGAGGACCAUAGUUUGAUAAAUUAGCUGUAUUUCUUCAUCUAGUCCUCUACCUUGAAGCUGUUUCAUGUUCCUUUUACAAUACUCUUUUUCCAUCUUACACAAUAGCACCAGCCCUAAACUAACCUUUCGGUAGAAUGAACAUGAAACUAGUCCAAAGUUACCAGCAUUGUGGUAAAGCUCUGGGAUUGCCCUCCAGUAGCUUAGGGUAGGCCUGUUCAUAACAAACUGAAUUUCUGGAAGUUGAAUUAAGACACGAACUGAAGUUAGGACAAGAACAGCCUUUACAGCAGGUGGAACAGGUUCAUGUCAACAGCUGUUACUUUAUGCUGGCUGGAGAACUGCAAUUAAAGUCUCUUGAUUAGCGUGACUGAGGGUGCUGUUUGUAUGCUCGUAGUUAUGAGUUAAACUUGCUAAACUGUGUUGGAGGGGAAUUAACACCUCUAGUAAGUAGAAAGACAUCAGGGAAAUAAUUAAGUUUUAAGAAAUUAGUUUAUGAAGAACAAGGACAAGUAACUUUUUUUGAAUGGCAGCUGAAAGAAUGUACUACAGUCUUAAAUCUAGAAGAUUUAUCAUGUAUAAAAUCUUUUUAAAAGUCACAUGUAUUCCUAAUAAAAAUAACUCUUACUUAAAA